AUGUGUGGUUCUAAGAAACACGCAGAAGAGGAGUGCCCAGAGCUCACCUGCAACAAAGAUGGAGGUGAUGAUCCAGCCCCUGACGGUGAUGGGGCCGCAGCUUCAAGCGCGGCGGCUCCAAAGACCAAUGCAGAGCUUGAGGAGGAGACCAUCAGAGUGAAGUCGCUUUCUGAUUUAUCCUUCCCAAACCCGCCACAAAACGCAGCGCAAGCGAGGGGGUUUGUGAAUCAGACUUUGAUGGCCAUUGGAAAGCUCCAGAAGACCCCAGGCGAUGAGGUGUACAUCUGGGCACAAGAUUGCCUCAAGAAGGAACCUGCCGCACUUUGUAAGGACGGGCGCUUCCCUCGCCUUGACCGCGAGAUCGCCGCCAAGCUUAUCAAAGUGUGUCGCCACGGUCGCUUCGGGUUGCUUUUUCAGCAGAUGGUUGAGUCUGAAAGGCUUAAGUCGGGUGGCAUGCCCAAUGGGCGCUGCAUGCUGCGCGCCAUAUACAGUCACUUCCAGUUGGAACGUGAUCGUAUGGGUAUGUUAGCGGAACGUAACCUCCUGAACAUUAGGAUCGGAGGGGAUGGUAUUUCCCACCUGGAGGCAUUUCGUGAUAAGUAUCACUACGUCGCCAAUACCAUUCCUGUAGAGGACCUUCCUAAGGACAGUACGAUCUUCAAUCAUCUUAUCGAUGAGUUCGAAAAGGUUUCAGUUCUUAAGCCCAAGGUAGAGAAGGCGAGGGAAGCAAGGCCGGGAUCACACCGUCGCACCGCCGCAUGGUUGUGGAACCGCGUGGACAUUGCAAUCGACUUGCACCAGCAGCGUGUCAAUCGACAGGAGUUCGAUAAGUCCUUGCAACAGAAGCCAGAGACCUUGACUUCCACCUCCCAGCCUUCAAAGCCAAGCGUGCCCGCAACACCCGCACCGGGUGCUGCCGCAGGCGCACCGAAAGGAGGCACUACCGACAAGCCGCCGAAGAAGGAGAAGAAAAAGAGGAAGAAGAAAAAGAAAGACGAGGGCGAACCCGAGGUUGAGGUCCCAGGCGCACCUGCCCCAAAGGGCAAGGGUAAAGGCGGUAAGAGCGGAAAGGGCAACGGAACACCACGAAGCCCGAAAGGUGGUGACACGACGCCCAGAUCUGCUCAGGCCAAGAGCGCCAGGAACAUGACCCCGGAGGAGAAGGCCAAGACACCGUGUAUGUUUUGGGCGUUCGGCGCCUGCAAAGGCGACCCCUGUCCGUUCCUUCACGACAGCAAGAACAAGUACACUGGCCCUAAGCCCAAGUCACUCGCAAAGCCAGAUGGCAAGAUCACCUGGCUUUGGGACACGGCAGCAGGUAGGCACUUGAUAGGUCGCCAGGCGCUUUCCUCCAAGGCCCUUUCCUGUGUCACCCGCUCCGAGACACCUGUUGGUUUUGCCACUGGUGGCGGCGCGCGUGAAGGCACUCACAGCCUCGCGUUUGAGGGCAGCCGGUUGUUACCUUCAGAAGAGCAGGUCUACGUACUUAAGGAGUGUCCACCAGCCUUUUCUGUAGGUAAAGCUGUCCUUGACGAGGGAUCCUUGUUUGUCUGGGACCCUCGAGAACACCGUCCGUACUUUGUGAAGAAAGAAGACGUGCACCGCUGCAAGCUUCGUAUCCCGCGCAAAGCGAGGAUCAAUGCGACCAGGGUCGUGGAAUAUGUCCCUCAGUUCGAGGAGACAUUGCGACCGGCAGUAAGGGCUGAAGCAAGCUAUCCUCGCACAACCUCUGGCGAUUAUGAUUGGGAAGCCGACGUCGUCGAGAAGCAUGCAGAGAAGAAGGCUGAAGCAAAGCGGCUUUUUCGCGAAGGCGCUGUAGGUGAGACAGCUGCCAGUGAGAGCUCCGAAGAAGAGCCCUUUCCUGAACUCUUCAAGGGAAAGCCCGCAAGCACGCAACAGCCUGCCGAAGGCACAGCCGCCAAGGAGGCUGCCUCAGGCGCCUCUAGUUCGCGUGAGGGGGCUGCUCCAAGCGCCCCUUCCACAGAGCAACCACCACCGUUGCCGCCUCCUCCAGAGCCCUACUCUAAGACCGAAGAACUUAGAGCCGAAGCCACUUCUGAGAAGCAUCUUAGGACCCACUUUCCUAAGAAUCCCUUCUGUAAGAUCUGUCACAUCGCCAAGACCACCUCAAUGCGUGUGGCUCAUAAGCCCGAUGCCAAGGCAGAUGACAUGAUUGAUGUCCCCCCUGCUCCGUUCCAACAGCUUGCCACUGAUGAUGUCAUCAUGGCAAAAGGUGAUGAACACCGAGGCAUAGGAACCGGUCUAAGGGCAAACGAGAUGUCGCCGACCUGCCUCAUUAAACUAGAUGAAGCUGGCGAGUUGAUCGUAGCGGCGGAGGAGGACGGCACCGCUAGGGGGGGUCACGCAGUGGGAGGCCCUCACAAAGGAGCCCUUCAGUGGGAAGAGGGUCUUUUCCUAGGGUGGCGGAUAGACGCAGGCAUGCGCUAUCGCAAUGUUGUUAAGGUUCUAGACUACAACGACUUUCGUGGUAAACGCAACACGUCUGUCCACGACGUGCCAGAACCUGAGUUGUACAUAGAGGACGGUCCGCCCAUCUUCCCAGUCGCGAAUGCAACCCGUAAGGCGCUAGUAGACGGCUCCACCUUGAGUGCUGCCUCCGGCGCACUCCCCGAGAUCCCAUUGCGGGAGAUUCCCUUUGCUCUUGAAAGCAUCGGGCCGCCGGAAGAAGCUGCUGCAAGGAGGGCUGCGCUUCGCGCCCUGGGUGAGUCACCAGAGACCCCCGCUCGGGGAAAGGAUCUUGAACUCACUGGGUUGUACACGCAAGAGAUGUGCGAGCGCAUCGCCUUUGCCAUCAACCCCAGUAGGGCCUAUAUCUCGGUUCCUGCGAUGCCGAUCUUACCCACUUCCACAACUACUGAACACCGCGAAAAGGAACAGGAACUGAAGCACGUUUCCGCUCUCAGUGGAUACGAGGACCUUGCUGCCGUAAUAGAGUCCGACCAGGAAGCCUCUAAGCUUGUAGAAGAAGUCGUCGACCUUUCCGCCCUUAUGUGUGCAGUCCAUAGCAUACCUAAGGAAGCACCCUCAAAGGAAGUGUCUGCAAUGGUGACGAAACUUCUCUCUCGGGCCGAAAUGCUCUCCUCACCGGAGGCCCUCAAUGCGGUGAAACAGGAAGCAGACGGUCUUCGUGCAGUUCCUGUGUGGGACGAAACGAACCCGCAGGAAUACGCUAGCGUCCAAGCGCGAGCGCGCCGCACAGGCACUAAGGUACACUUCGGCAAGCUGAUGAGCAUUGCAUCCAUCAAGUUUUGGGAACUUGCCAAGCACCUUCAGAAGGUUAAAGGCCGAAUCGUGUACCGAGGUGACUGUGCGAAGGACGAGGAGGGUCGCAAUCAUUGCACUAUCAACGCCGAGCCAGAAGGCACCGAGAAUGCUGCCCUAGGCGCAUUAAAGGGUGCCAUGGCGUUUGAUAUGUUUGACUACACGCAACAGACCGUAGACCUUUACAAGGGCCUCACUGGCCUUAAGGCUCUAAAACACGCUGCCACUCCCUUUGCUCCAGAGGCUUCACUUCCCGUGAGCCAGGAGGAGAUCGCUGGGGAGCUUGUACAAAAGUGGUCGAGGAACGAUGAUAAAAAGCUUCUUCGCCUGAUAAGCUACAUCGAUUCCACUAAGACCCACCGCCUUGUAGGCGCUGUGUCGGACGGGCCAAGGGAGCUGCAUCUUGCGCUCUACGUCGAUGCUGACUUUGCAGGGGAAAGGGACGAUGCUAAGUCCACUAGUGGUGGCUUCUUAGUCCUGAAAGGUCCCAACACCUUCUUUCCUCUUGCAUGGGUGUCCAAGCUGCUAAGUGUUGACUAUGCAAUAGUGGACGAGGUGUUGCCAGCUAGUCCCCUGACUGAUGCCGCGUGCAUGCAAUCUCUCAUCACCAUGCAGUCUGUCGCUUAUGCCACGGAGUGGCACAGGUCAGUUGUGGAAGAUGUCUUUGCGGAGUGGCAUGCUAUGCACACAGAAGAUAUGUUUCGUGCCUAG